UCAACGGUCCGAUGCCGUGCAAUCCUCUAUAUAUGAGCUCGGUCAUUUCAUUAGGGUUUGCUGUACCUUCUGCCGCGCUCGUUCUCCUCGACGGCGGAUCUCGUCCUCCCUCCUCUCCCCCAACAGCAUGAUCAUCCCAAAGAAGAACCGCCAUGAGAUCUGCAAGUACCUCUUCCAAGAGGGGGUGCUGUACGCGAAGAAGGAUUACAACCUCGCGAAGCACCAGGAGAUUGAUGUGCCGAACUUGCAGGUGAUAAAGCUCAUGCAGAGCUUCAAGUCGAGGGAGUACGUGAGAGAGACCUUUGCGUGGCAGCAUUACUACUGGUACCUCACCAACGAUGGCAUCGAGUACCUUCGCACCUACCUCAACCUCCCGUCCGAGAUCGUCCCCGCUACUCUGAAGAAGUCCUCUAGGCCGCCGCCCCGACCCUUUGGCUCCGGCCCUCCUGGUGACCGCCCAAGGGGCCCGCCUCGCUUUGAAGGUGAUCGGCCAAGGUUUGGAGAUAGGGAUGGAUACCGUGGAGGACCCCGUGGUGGUCCUCCAGGUGAUUUGGGCGGUGACAAGGGUGGCGCACCUCUUGAGUUUCAGCCAUCAUUCAGGGGUUCUGGAGGGAGGCCUGGUUUUGGCCGUGGUGGUGGUGCUUAUGGAGCAGGUCCAACUUCAUCAAUGGAGUAGAUCAAGCAUUUCUGGUUUACCUCGUCUCUUGUUGUACUCUAGCAGUGCUUCUAUUUGGAGCUUUUUUUUUUAGCCGUUUUUUCUUGACAAUUUUCCAAACCAUAGCCUAAAUGGCGGCCUGUUAAUCUCCUCUAAUCUUCUAUUUGGAAAAUUAUUCUCAAGUUGUGGCAGGUAUAUUAUUAUAUUACCCUAUUUUGGCAA